AUGCUGCUGUUAAUGUUGGCAUUGCUGUUGUUGUUGAUAGAAAGGAAAAGAAUGAAUGAUGAAUUACACAACAGCAGUAACAGUUUGUCGAAAAGGCCUCAUGACGGAUCAUUACGAGCUACGAAAAAAUCAGAUCAUGAAAGACUAUUGUGUUCUGUAGACAUUGUACAAACGAUUGGAAUGGACAAAAAAAGAUUGAAUCGAAUGGAAAGUGACAUUUUCAGUAAGAAAUUCACUAAAUAUUGGCUGACAUUAAAUGUUAAAGUUUUGAAAGUUCUCGAGAGAGAAAUUAUUUGUUCCGUUAAAAGGCAAGGAAAUUUUUCUUUGAUUAUAAAUUCAUUACCUUUGGUCUUCCAUUUAAUUCAGAAAAGCAUAAUCGUUAAACGAGUAGUAUCUAAUCCCUUAAUGUCGUUUGAUCUCAAUCCACAAAGCAUUUUAUGUUUGAAUGAAAUAAGUUUUUCUCUCAAAUUAGGACAGACAUUAGUAUUAGCAAAGCAAGAGAAAUUUCAUGCAGCGAUUGACGACAGAAGAAAAAAGUUUCAAGAAAAAAAAACAAUAAGUGGAAAAACAUCUGAAGAAACUGAAACCCAAUCUCAAGAAUGGUUUUUUUUAUUUCAUUCUUCUACACUUUACCUUCCAUUCUCGUUUAGAGCUCCCGUUAAGACGUAUCUUAAGAUGAAAAAUGAUAUUCCCACAGUCAGCUUUAGCAAAACAUUCAACCAGCUCAAUGUAAAGCUGAAAAAUUGGCAGAAUAACUUCCGAGUCUACACAAGCAUGCAAAGUGCCAUGGGCAACAGUGAAAGUUUUAAAUUUUGUCCAUUUAAAAAGGAAUUGGAAUAG